UGUGGACAUGAGUGCAUGGCACCAUAUACAGCUAAACCAGGAGUGUGUCCUCACUGGCCCUGGGACGCAGGACUGUGUGUUGAAUUUUGCUUCAAUGACAGUGACUGCCUCGAGGAUGAGAAGUGCUGCAGCAAUGGAUGUGGACAUCAGUGCAUGGCACCAUACACAGUGAAGCCGGGUACCUGCGCCCCUCCCCAGGGAACCACCACGUGUGCUGAGUACUGCUACCAUGAUGGUCAGUGCCCAGGAGAGCAGAAGUGCUGCAAGACAACCUGCGGCCACGCCUGCAGUGCACCCUACUGAUUGGACAGCUCAGUGACAAUCUUUCAUCUCUUAUGCAACAACACAGAAAAAGUAUCAUGUUCAUUUUUUCCCUACUUUUUCAACUCCAUAGUAGCACACUUUGGUACAAUACUUGAGCAUUAGCUUGCUCAAAGUAGGAUUCUUUGUGGG